UACUCUUGAGUACCCUCAGUACUACCUAGCUGCACCCUGGAAGUACUCUCUCAUCGCUGCCUACAUGCUCUUUCUCAUCAUCACAGCCUUCCGCGUCAACUUCCUUACGCUCUACGUCACGGUGCAGCACAAGAAGCUACGGACCCCCCUGAACUACAUUCUGUUGAACUUGGCUGUCGCUGAACUCUCCAUGGUGGUGGGUGGCUUCACUGUGAUCCUCGGCACGGCCCUACAGGGCUACUUCUUCCUGAGCAUCACCGGAUGCAACAUUGAAGGAUUCUUCGCCAUUAUGGGAGGUAAGACAUGGUGAUGGUGGAGUCCUAGGGUGUAGGUAGAAGUUGGGAGGUAAGACAUGGGGAUGGUGGAGCCCUAGGGUGUAGGUAGAAGUUGGGAGGUAAGACAUGGUGAUGGUGGAGCCCUAGGGUGUAGGUAGAAGUUGGGAGGUAAGACAUGGGGAUGGUGGAGCCCUAGGGUGUAGGUAGAAGUUGGGAGGUAAGACAUGGGGAUGGUGGAGCCCUAGGGUGUAGGUAGAAGUUGGGAGGUAAGACAUGGGGAUGGUGGAGCCCUAGGGUGUAGGUAGAAGUUGGGAGGUAAGACAUGGUGAUGGUGGAGCCCUAGGGUGUAGGUAGAAGUUGGGAGGUAAGACAUGGUGAUGGUGGAGCCCUAGGGUGUAGGUAGAAGUUGGGAGGUAAGACAUGGGGAUGGUGGAGCCCUAGGGUGUAGGUAGAAGUUGGGAGGUAAGACAUGGGGAUGGUGGAGCCCUAGGGUGUAGGUAGAAGUUGGGAGGUAAGACAUGGUGAUGGUGGAGCCCUAGGGUGUAGGUAGAAGUUGGGAGGUAAGACAUGGUGAUGGUGGAGCCCUAGGGUGUAGGUAGAAGUUGGGAGGUAAGACAUGGGGAUGGUGGAGCCCUAGGGUGUAGGUAGAAGUUGGGAGGUAAGACAUGGGGAUGGUGGAGCCCUAGGGUGUAGGUAGAAGUUGGGAGGUAAGACAUGGGGAUGGUGGAGCCCUAGGGUGUAGGUAGAAGUUGGGAGGUAAGACAUGGGGAUGGUGGAGCCCUAGGGUGUAGGUAGAAGUUGGGAGGUAAGACAUGGGGAUGGUGGAGCCCUAGGGUGUAGGUAGAAGUUGGGAGGUAAGACAUGGUGAUGGUGGAGCCCUAGGGUGUAGGUAGAAGUUGGGAGGUAAGACAUGGUGAUGGUGGAGCCCUAGGGUGUAGGUAGAAGUUGGGAGGUAAGACAUGGGGAUGGUGGAGCCCUAGGGUGUAGGUAGAAGUUGGGAGGUAAGACAUGGGGAUGGUGGAGCCCUAGGGUGUAGGUAGAAGUUGGGAGGUAAGACAUGGGGAUGGUGGAGCCCUAGGGUGUAGGUAGAAGUUGGGAGGUAAGACAUGGGGAUGGUGGAGCCCUAGGGUGUAGGUAGAAGUUGGGAGGUAAGACAUGGUGAUGGUGGAGCCCUAGGGUGUAGGUAGAAGUUGGGAGGUAAGACAUGGUGAUGGUGGAGCCCUAGGGUGUAGGUAGAAGUUGGGAGGUAAGACAUGGGGGACCUUUGGGUGGGGUGUAGGUAGAAGUUGCUGUGAGCCACAGGGUAAGAAAUUGUUCUUUUCCAUAAUGGUUAUGGUUAGGAUUAGGCUAGGGGAAUCUGAUCCUAGAUCUGUGGUUAAGAGUAACGUUUCACAAAAAUUAAGCUGAUCUACCCCCCCCCCAAAAAAAAAAAAAAGCCUGGCUGGCUUUCUCCAGGUGCAACCUCAAUGAGUUCAAUGACUUUAAAGUACAGUGACACAGAUUUCCCCCCCCCCCCCCCAAUAUCAAGACCACCCAUGUAUUUAGAAUAAUUUGAAUAGCACCCGCACACUCAGCGUACCUUUAUUGUAAAGAAGACAAUGAAGACUUGAAUAAAGCCCAGGACCUUAUGAGAUAUGAUAUGUGCAUUUUUGCACCACAUUUACACCUGUUUUCUGUGACUGGGGGGGAUCGGGAGAUGUCUUUAAUAACAGCAGAUGUAUAGACCUUAUAGAAUAAAUGAAGCUUUGCGUUGAUGUUAUCACGUCAACUGUUCCCAUAGCUACAGGUGCAAGCUGCUGGUUGAGAUCAUAUAAAUGCAUGAAAAAGUAUAUUUGCCAAUAUCACUGUGUCACUUACUGUACCCUGUGUACUUUAGAAAUACAGUAGCAUAUGUUAUUUUUUAAGUCUUCUGCCUGUGUCCAAUAUAUUCUGAAUAGUUUGUCUGAAUAGUUUCUGCACAUGCGCAUCAAUACUGUGCAUGUGUUUCUGAUUUGCUGUGUGUCUCUAAGGGGAAAUCGCCCUUUGGUCUCUGGUGGUAUUGGCCAUUGAGCGUUAUAUCGUGGUA